AUGAACUCCAGCCACAGCUUCAGCCAGACCCCCUCAGGCUCCCUCUAUGGCACAGGAAGCAGCUGGGGCCAGCCAGGGAGGUUUCCCCGGGCUCCCAGCGUCCACGGUGGCGCAGGGGGUGUCUGCAUCUCGCUGUCCUUCUCCUCGCCCAGAUGUCCACCCCCUGGGGGGUCUUGGGGGUCUGGAAGAGGCAGCUCCCUCCUAGGCGGAAAUGGGAAGGCGAUGAUGCAGAACCUCAACGACCGCCUGGCCUCCUACCUGGACAAGGUGCGCGCCCUGGAGGAGGCCAACGUGAAGCUCGAAAGUUGCAUCCUGAAGUGGCAUCAGCAGAGAGAUCCGGGCAGUGAGCAAGAUUACUCCCAAUAUGAGGAAAAGGUCAGCUGCCUGCAGGAGCAGAUAGUAGAUGGCAAGAUGACCAACGCUCAGAUAACCCUUCUCAUUGACAAUGCCAGGAUAGCAGUGGAUGACUUCAGCCAUAAGUAUGAAAAUGAACACUCCGUCAAGAAAAACUUGGAAAUUGAAGUUGAGAGUCUCCGAAAUAACUUGGAUGAUCUGACCAUUGUCACAACAGACUUGGAACAGGAGGUCGAGGGGAUGAGGGAAGAGCUCAUCCUCAUGAAGAAGCGUCAUGAGCAGGAAAUGGAAGAACAUCAUGUGCCAAAUGACUUCAAGGUCAAUGUGAAGGUGGAUACAGCCCCGGGAGAAGAUCUGAUUAAGGUCCUGGAGGACAUGAGGCAGGAAUAUGAGUUUAUAAUAAAGAAGCAUCAAGACUGGUAUAAAGAGCAGUUAGCAGCCAUGACCCAGGAGGUGGCCCGUCCAACAGCUGUGCAGAGCAGCCAAAGUGAUAUCCGUGAGCUGAAGCGCACUUUCCAGGCCCUGGAGAUUGACCUGCAGGCACAGUGCAACAAGAAAUCUGCUUUAGAAAACACGUUAUCAGAGACCCAGUCUCGGUACUCCUGCCAGCUCCAGGACAUACAAAGAAUCAUCUCCCACUACGAGGAGGAACUGAUGCAGCUACGCCAUGAUCUGGAGUGUCUGAGCAACGAAUACAAGGUCCUCCUGGGCAUCAAAACCCACCUAGAGAAGGAAAUCUCCACCUACCGCCAGCUCCUGGAUGGAGAGAAUGGAGGGACAAUGGAAGAAUCUAAGUCGAGUGUGAAAGUUGUGGCAACUCCAAAGAUCAAGGUCAUCAUACAGGAGAGCAUCAAUGGAAGAAUAAUUCUUUCUCAAGUGAAUGAGAUCUAA